CAUGCAACUCUGCGUGUGCACUUGGCAGAAUCUUGCGCAGCAUGUUCCACAGGCUGAACCCACUGCAGGCUGACCCUCUUGAACAAGCCGAAAUACUUCCUGUUAGCAACCAGCUCGAGGACGCUUGUGUCUGGUUUCCAAGACGGAUUGCCUUGUGACUGUACACGUUGUCUUAGCGGUUUAAAACGAGUUUUUCUCAAAAGAAACAAGGGGACAAGCCAGCUGGCCACUUUGUGCAUACGAACGGGCUUGUCAGCGUGUAGCUAGCUAUGCUUCAAGCUAUCCACCUCGGAAAGUAACGGUAGCUAGGCUAGUAAAUAGCAAGCUAAUGCUAAGGUUGAUUCUGACUUUUUUGCUAGCUAAUCGUCUUCACUAGCUUGCAGCUAAAGUUCUUUACCUCGCAAUAACAUUAGCUGACCAGUUGAUUUCAAGAUGAGCGAGCAACUUAAAUUUAUUGUUGAGCACCUGAAUAAAGACCCCUUCAAGAAAAACUUUAACCUGAUCACCUUUGACUCACUGGAGCCAAUGCAACUUCUGCAAAUUCUCAACGAUGUUCUGGCCGAAAUAGACCCUAAGCAAACUAUUGAUAUCCGUGAAGAAAUGCCUGACCAGACAGCAAAGAGAAUGUUCACUCUGCUGGGGAUGUUGAAAUACAAACCACCUGGGAAUACGUCUGAGCCGAGCAGUUUCAGACAGGGCCUGGUGACUGGCAGUAAGCCUGUGAUACACCCUAUCCUUCACUGGCUGCUGCAGAGGAUCACAGAGCUGAAGAAGAGAGCUUACUUGGCUCGCUUCCUGGUUAAGCUGGAGGUGCCUGCUGAGUUCCUGCAGGAUGAUGUCAUCACUGACACCUAUCACCAGUAUGAAGAAUUAGUGGAAGGAUUCAAGACCUACCACAAGGAGUGUGAGCAACUAAAAAGCUCUGGCUUUUCCACUGCAGAGAUCAGAAAGGACAUUGGUGCUAUGGAGGAGGAGAAGGACCAGCUGAUCAAGCGAGUGGAGAGGCUGAAGAAGAGGGUGGAGUCAGUUUCCAACCACCAGCGGAUGCUGGAACUGGCCAGACAACUACGGGUGGAAAAGGAGAGAGAAGAGUCUCUGGCUCAGCAGAAGCAAGAGCAGAAGAACCAACUUUUCCAGGCAGAACAGAGACUGCAGAGAUCUCAGCAGCAGCUGAAGGACCUGCGACAGGCAGCAGCAGAUGCCAAGCCAGAGAGCUUAAUGAAGAGGCUUGAAGAGGAGAUCAAGUUCAACUCCUACAUGGUGUCUGACAAACUGCCCAAGGAGCUGGAGAGUAAGAGACGGAUGGUGCAGUACCUGCAGAAGGUGGUGUCUGAGCCAGCCAUGGGCCAAGCUGAGCUUGGGGAACUAGAGGACAAGAUUCGAGAAAACAACAUUGAAAUAAACUUGCUGAUUGAGAAAAGAAUGAUGCGAAACGACCCCAUGGAUGAUAAACUGUCUCUUUUCAGGCAACAGGCAUCGAUUAUAAUUCGUAAGAAGGAGGCGAAGGCGGAGGAGCUGCAGGAGGCCCGGGAGGAGCUAGCUGCACUAGACAGAGAGCUGAACCAGAAGAACAGCCAGGCACGAGACCAGGACGGAGACGAGGUCAUCCGGGGAGAUGAGUUUAAACGUUUUGUCGGGAAACUGCGCAGCAAGGGGACGGUGUUCAAGAAGAAGCGGCAGGAGAUUACCGAGCUGAGAGCUGAGUAUGGGGUCUUGCAGCGGACAGAGGAAAUUCUAAAACAGAGGCACGAGGUCGGCCAACAGCAACUGCAAUCCAUGGAGGCACAGAAGGGGAUCUCUGGGUACAGUGACACUCAGGAGGAACUGGAGAGAGUGUCAGCCAUCAAGAGUGAACUGGACGAGAUGAAGGGGCGCUCGCUGGACGACAUGUCAGAAAUGGUGAAGAAACUGAACUCAACAAUAGUGGAGAAAAAGUCUGCCCUUGCUCCGAUCAUAAAGGAACUGAGGCCUUUGAGACAGCAGUGUCAGGAGCUAACUCAAGAGUAUGAGGAAAAGAAGGCCCAGUAUGACAGCUGUGCUGCAGGUCUGGAGAGUAACCGAUCCAAACUGGAGCAGGAGGUGAGAGCUCUGAGGGAGGAGAUGGCUCAGGAGGAAAACCGAUACCACUAUAUCAACUGCAUGAAAGAGAUCAUUGAGAUGCAAAUGCAGCGAGCAGCAGAGGAGAUGAAGGCUUACGUGUCUCCUGAUCCGCAAGAGAGGAGGAAGACCAUCAGGGAGCAGUACAUGAAGAACAUUGCAGAGCAGGAGUCCCUGGGCAAGAAGUUGCGUGAGCAGCAGAAGACUGUGAGGGAGAGCCAUGGGCCGAACAUGAAGCAGGUGAAGAUGUGGCGCGACCUGGAACAGCUGAUGGAGUGCAAGCGCCAGUGCUUCCUGAGGGCCCAGAGCCAAGCCUCCAUUGGCCAGGUCAUCCAGGAGGGCGGUGAGGAUAGGCUGGUGCUGUGAGGACGAGGAGAAUAUUAAAGCAGGGCCAACUCGGGUACACUAAGCUCUACCACAAUGACCAGGACUUCUCACUCAUCUAACUACUGUACUUAGUUAGCCUGUUAUAGUUAAUUAAUCUGUUCUGUUUGUCUUGCAUUAUAUCUAUUUUUAGGUGAGAUAAUUACUCUUCAUGUAUCAAAACUACUCUGCUUUCAUCGCCUACAGUUAAAAGGAUUCCAUUCAUCCAAUCUGUGUUAAUCCUGGUUUAGUUAGCGAUUUGUGUUUUUUGUAAAUAAUCCCAAAGUAGGAUUUAGUUUAACUGAUUUAUCUCCUGUGAGGAACACCUUUCUGGUGAUGAUAUUGUGAGAGUUGCCUGAUGAAUCCAGAACCAAAGGGACCCAUGUACCAGGAGGUUUCAGCCAGAUAAGAUGUUUAACUCUCUCUGGCCCUCUGACUUUAAACAAAUCCACAGCCUCCAUUUUAAGAAUACAGCUUAAAUCUAUGUGUCUAAAGAUAACAGCGUACAAUGUGUUGCACUUGGGACGCAGCUGCACUCAGUUAUUUUGGGAAACAACAGCCACGACCUUGGGUAAAGGAGCUUGCCAGUUUUGGAAUUCAACCGGGCCUCUGGUUCAGACGGGACAGUGCAGAGUGAACUAAUCAAGCAUAAUUUUCUUGCAUCUUGUACUUUGGUGAAGUCUAUUUCUUUGUAACACCUCUAUGUAACACCUUUAUUUGUUACAUAAAUUAUACUGAACAAAAAUAUACAUGCAACAAUUUCAAAGAUUUUACUGAGUUACAAUUCAUAUAAGGAAAUCAGUCAAUUUAAAUAAAUUCAUUAGGCCCUAAUCUAUGGAUUUCACAUGACUGGGUAGGGGUACAGCCAUGGGUGGGCCUUAGAGUGCAUAGGCCCACCCACUUGGCAGCCAGUUCCACCCACUGGGGAGCCAGGCGCAGCCAAUUAGAAUUAGUUUUUCUCCACAAAAGGGCUUUAUUACAGACAGAAAUACUCCUCAGCACCACCACCCCCCAUUCAGACAAUCCCGCAGGUGAAGAAGCCGGAUGUGGAGGUCCUAGGCAGGCGUGGUCACACGUGGUCUGCGGUUGUGAGGCCAGUUGGACAUACUGCCAAAUUCUCCGUUUUUUUUGGAGGGAUCUUAUGGUAGAGAAAUGAACAUUCAAUACUCUGGCAACAGCUCUGGUGGACAUUCCUGAAGUCAGCAUGCCAAUUGCAUGCUCCCUCAAAACUUGAGACAUUUGUGGCAUUGUGUUGGGUGACAAAACUGCACAUUUCAGAGUGGCCUUGUAUUGUCCCCAGCACAAGGUGCACCUAUGUAAUGAUCAUGCUGUUUAAUCAGCUCCUUGAUAUGCCACACCUGACAGGUGGAUGGAUUAUAUUGGCAAAGGAGAAAUGCUCACUAAUAGGGGUGCAAACAAAUUUGUGCACUAAAUUGAGAGAAAUACACUUUUUGUGCGUAUGAAAAAAAUUGUUUUUUUUUCAGUUCAUGAAACAUGGGAGCAACACUUUACAUGUUGAGUUUAUAUUUGUGUUCAGUGUAUAUAUUAUAUGAGUUACAUAAUAUCCUGUUGUACUUCUCAUUUAACUUUGUUCAUAAAAAUAUAUUCUUAUAGAGA